UAUACUGGUAUUUAAAAUUGUUUAGAUUUUAGAUAUAGGUGUUUUAUUGAUUUGUAUUCAUCGGUUCUCAAUUGUUACACAUUUGAUAUGAUUCACAAUAGGAACGUACAAAUAAAUUAUUGGGAAAACUUAGCUUAACACCCUUGCGCCAAAUUAUUGGAAUCAUUAUUUAUUCGAAAACAAUAUAACUAAUCACUACCUAUGGAAGAAAUGUGCAGAUUAUGUUUAAAGGAGUGCAGCAGAUCCUUUUACGAAUUAAAAGAAGACUGCGCCUUUUUACAGCAGAUUUCCCUCUGUUUAUCUUACCGGCUUGCUACAGGUGAAAACUAUCCAAAACGGAUAUGUGGAAGUUGCUCAAAUAAAAUAGAAGAGAUUAAAUCCUUUAGACAAAUGAUUAUAGAUAACGAAAAAGUGCUGCUACUCAAACUUGUGGAAGUAAAAGAUGAAAAGGUGAAGGAUUAUGUCGAAGUGAAGAUAGAUAGACAAAGGAAUAAUCAUGAAGCCAACGGACAUAACAAUGAUAAUAUGAAUGUGGAAAUUUUACAGCCUUGUAACGAUGACAGUGAUAAUGGUGACAAAAUAAUAGAAUCUGAUUCAAUUAAUAGCAUAAAAAUAGAAAAUGUCACUUCUUUAAAUCUACAACACACUAACAUAGAAUUGUCUAAAAUGAAUCAUGUGGGAAAAGCAUCUUCAGAAGUAGACCCAAAUACGUGUUUAAUGUGUUUUAAAAGAUUUCCAAAUAAGCAGUUGCUUUUAAAUCACUAUUUGAAUGAAGAAAGCAGUAAAUACAAUGAAUUGUUGGCGAAAAUAGAUAUAAAUGUAUUGGCUUAUACUAAAAUGAUUAACAGCUGUACAAUGUUUGUGUGUAAGGAAUGUAAUAAGGAGUGCAGGACUGAAAAGCUGAUGAUGAUGCAUUUGUUGUCUCAUAAUGAGGAGCGGUCAUUUGCUUGCAAAGUAUGCGGUAGAAUGUACAUAACAGCAUAUGAUAUGGUGAAGCACAGUAAAGCACAUGGUAAACAGUUCUACUGUUCGUUUAAAUGCGGCUACAGCAGUAGCUAUGCACAUAUACUAAGAAAUCAUGAAAUGCUCCACAAAAAAUUGUACAAGUAUAAAUGUGAUGAUUGCGGCAAACAGUUUCAAGUUAAAACUUGGUUGGAACAGCAUCAAAACGUUCAUAAUGAUGAGCGUAAAUAUGUAUGUGAUAUUUGUGGUGCCAGCUUCCAUAUGGACAGGUACUUAACAUCACAUAAAAGCGUAAUGCACCCUGAGACUAAGAAGCGUGUACCCUACAUCUGUGUUCAUUGUUCGAAGGUGUUUCGCUCAAGAGACAGCCUAAUUUUACAUUUACAGGAACACGACAUCAAGAUUGAAUACCUUUGCGACAUUUGCGGCAAAGUGGCGAAGAACUCGAAACAACUGAAAUUGCAUAGAUAUACACACAAGACGGAGAGGCCGUAUGUGUGUGGGACAUGCAGCAAAUCGUUCACAAAGAAAUACAACCUGAAACUUCACCAGGCGACGCACACCGACGACAGAGUCACGUGUCACAUCUGCUCCAAGAGUUUCAAGCAGCGGUGCAGCUUAAACAGACAUAUAUCGAGAAAGCAUGAAAACGCAAUAGCAGUCAAGGCGAGGUGUCAGAGGGAGUCGACGAAAAAUGUGAUUGUAAAAUGAAUGGUUUGGGAAUUUACCAUUAAAUGUCGCUCGUUAAAAAUCACAUCACACUUCACACUAACGUUGUGAAUAUGAAAGUUUGCGUGUUUGGAUGUUUGUCCGUCAAUCACGCUGAAACUACUGAACGGAUUUUGAUAAAAUUUGGUAUAUAGACAGGGUAUGAGCUGACUUAGGUGAUAGGAUAAUUUUUAUACCGAUUAAAUGCUCCCUUGGGAUAAAACAGGUAUCUUAAUAAACGAGGACGGGACGAGCGUCAAGUAUUUAAUAUAUUUAAGUUGACUGUUUAGGAAAGUGCUAUUACAUAACAUGGCAACAUGUACUACUACUUAAUUUAUAAAAAAAAC